AUGAAUUCUCGAAGGUCAACCUCUAUUGUCAACCAAUUGUCUGUUCUCUUAAACAUACCUCAAGUUACAAAACCAUCACAAGAUACAGUCCUGUCACUACCACAAUCACAACCCAUAGAAACUGACAAGUCUAAUCAACAAAAUCUUGAAAAAUCACUACCUAUCCAGUCUGAAGAAUCACACACUGAUGAAAGUAGGUCUAAACCUCCCAUUGAACAAAAUCCCAAAAUACCUCCAGCCAAUCCUUUUGAUGAAUCACCACUGGACUUUGAGAUUGAGUAUGAAACAGGAAAUGCCCCAGAAAUACAGGUUGCAGAUCCAGCUGAUGAAGAAGACAAUCUACCACUGUCUCAAGUGAAGAGAAUCAAAGAAAAAGCAAAAGAACAAAAGGAGAAGGAAACCCCAUCACCUGUCCAAAAAUCAAAGAGAAAACAAUCAACUGCUGAACAAACUGUCCCUCAGGAAACCAUUGGCAGUAAGAAGAGAAAGAAGAACAUUCAAACUCAACAACCUGAAAUCCAGCCUGAUGUAUCUGCUGUUGCACCUCUUGAAAUGAUCACUCCUCAAUUUCUGUCUGAUGAAUACGCAGCAAGAUGGGACUCCAUAAACCAAAGGAAGAUUUUGAGUGAAAGGUAUCUUGAUGUUGAAAAGUUCAAAUCCCAGUGCCAACUCAUGCCGGUAUUUGAGAAAUUGAAUCUAGUCAAGUCUGUGACAACCCAGAGAAGCUACCCACCUAUUGCCAUAAAAGAAUUCUAUGCAAACCUGAUGAAGACUAUCAAGGAGGCUGGAUCAUCACAAUAUGGGCGUGUAUGGCUGAGAGGAAAUGAAUACAAUUUCAACACUCCCACUAUCAACUUAUAUCUGGGCAUUGAUGCAAGUGAUAUUGAGGAUCCAAUUCUUGGGGCAAACACCAUCACUAAGGUCAUUACAGGAGGAACUUAUAGCUAUUGGCCUGUUGAAACCAACAUGCUGCCUGCCAAAUCCUUGUCAACAAAGUUUGCAAUUCUGCACAAAAUAGCCAUGACUAACUGGAUGUCAAAUGAACAUAGAGGAGGAUUAAACUUGCCCAUGGCCACUCUGAUAUAA